GGACUGUACUCUGACUUAACUGCAAUCCUUCUGGUCAACCAAGCCUCUAUUCGCGAUUUGAACAAAAGAAUAAACAAGUCUAGUGUUUCGGUAGACAAUUUCCGUCCCAACGUCAUUGUGGACGGCCCUUGCUUGGAACCAUACGCAGAGGACCAAAUGGGAGGGAUCAAGAUUGAGACGUGGUACUACGUAAUGUCAAAAGAGUGUACAAGAUGUAUUAUGACAACUAUCGAUCCAGAAAAUGCUUCCAGAAGUAGCGAUAGAGAGCCACUAAAAACACUAGAAACAUACCGUUUAAGUAAUGGUCCAAGCAGCUUACCAACCAUGGGAAUCAACUGCGAAACUAGAAAGUCUGGAUUAAUUAAGGUUGGCGACCCUGUAUAUAUUCCUAAAAGCGAUUGAGUAUGAACUUAAUAAAAUAUUUUAAACGAAAAAGGAAACGUGGUAGUAUCUGUAAGAAAUUUUAAAUCUCUGCAGAUUAGCUAGGAUAUAAAACAUGAUCUGUAAUAUAUUUUAGAAUUAUUAAUUUAUAUAUAUAUUUUUUGUUCAUUUUAACAGUGAAAAUGUAGGUACUUAAUUUUAUUGCAGUCUUUUAUAAUAUACAAACUUUCAUUUUUUUUCUGACUUAUAUAUAUAAAUUUUGUUUUUUUUUAGAAAUCAUCAAUUUCAGAUUAACUCUUAGACAUCAUAUAGAUGUAAUAAUAUAUUUUGUUGUUCCUAACAUUGAUUAUUAUUGUUGAAAUGUAAU